AUGGUAAAAACAGGAAAGGGAGGACAAGUAUAUAAUAAAUCGGGCACCUCCAACGAUAAGAUAUGCCAAGAGAACUGCAGGGGUGAAGUAAAGCAUAAGUUAUUAAAGAGGAGUGGAUUAAAGCAAAGGAUUCCGUAUAAUACUUCCAAUAUAGAGGAAAAUAACGAGUUCAGCGACUAUCCGGAAAUGGCCAAUUUUCCUAAAUCGCAGGAUUUCAGGACACAAGAAAUGAGUAAUAAAGAAAUGAAAUCAUUAGAAGCAACAAGUCAACUUGCAAUAAUAGAAUAA